GGCGAGUAACCAAUCCGAGAGAUUUGCUUACUCCAGAAGCUAAUUCCAAUGCGUCUGGCGAUUGAGUUAUGGACGGCGGGAACUAUCGUGGCGGAGGCAGGGGCCGUGGUCGCGGCGGCGGCGGCGGAGGUCGCGGUGAAAGAGACACAAGUCAACCGGGUCAAGGCGGCGCUGGCGGAGGCCGAGGCGGGCGCGGAAAUGGAUCUCAUCGGGGAGGGUAUAACCAGCCACCGAAUCAGCAGCAGUGGGUAGAUCGGACAGCAGGCCAGGGUCGCGGGGAUCAGCGACCUCCGCCGCAGCAGUUGCCCCAAAGUCAGCAGCGGCCCCAGUACGGCGGCGGUGGUGGUAAUCGGGGUCCUGCUCCUAGUGGUGGGGCGUAUGGGAAACCGCAGCAGCCUCAUGAUCAGGGCCCUCGGCCUUGGGGCGGGGCACAUCGGCCACAAUCUCAGCAGCCUCAUGAUCAGGGCCCUCCUCCUUCUGACGGUGCAUAUCGGGCACCCCUUCAGCCUCCUCAGGGUAGUGGGCCCAGACCGUCUGUUUGGAGCGGUAAGGCCUGGGGUCCUCGAGCUGCGUCCAGUCAAUCUCAGCCCCAACCUCCUCAGUCUCAGCCUCGGCCACCUCAGUCUCAGCCUCGGCCACCUCAAUCUCAGCCUCAACCCCAAACCAUUACAGCUCCCCGCGCCUCUACUGAGGUUGCUGCUAAGCCAUCAUCUUCAGAAGCUUCCAAAAACAAGCAUCAACCAAUCAAACGACCGGAUAAGGGAGGAACUCUUGCUGUCAGGAAUAUUAAUCUGCUUGUUAACCAUUUCCCAGUUACUUUUGGCCCUCAAACAACCAUAAUGCACUAUGAUGUGGAUGUCAACCAAGUCAAUAAUGAGAACGAGCCUAUGAAGAAGUCAAUAUCAAAAUCACUUCUUUCCAUUAUCAGGAAACAACUGUUUGAUGAUAACCCGCAGAGAUUUCCCUUGGAUAUGACUGCUUUUGAUGGUGAGAAAAACAUUUUCAGUGCAGUUCCACUACCCACGGGAGAAUUCAAGGUGGUUUUGUCUGAGGAUGAAUCUAAGUCUCGCACAUAUAUGUUCACCAUCAAGCUUGUUAGUGAACUCAAGCUUUCAAAGCUCAGAGAUUACUUAAUUGGUAAUGUGUCUCACCUACCUCGUGAAAUUCUUCAGGCUAUGGAUUUGGUAAUGAAAGACAACCCUCUUAGGAGCAGGAUCAGCGUGGGUAGGUACUUUUUCUCCAAAGAGUACUAUAAUGCCGAAGAUCUUGGGUAUGGUAUUGCGGCUUAUAGAGGAUUCCAACAGAGCUUAAAGCCCACGUCACAAGGUCUUGCUUUAUGCCUUGACUUUUCAGUCUUGGCAUUUCGCAAACCGCUGGCAGUCUUAGACUUCCUCACACAGUACAUUCCGGAUUUUAAGGUAGAAGAAUUUGAUUAUUUUAGGCCACAAGUUGAAGAUGCUUUGAUAGGGUUGAAGGUGAAUGUGACUCACCGUAGAACCAAACAAAAGUUUAUUAUAUCAAAGUUAACCAAAGAAAGCACGCGAGAACUGAAAUUUGUAGUUACAGAUCCUGAUGGAAAUACUCCACCAAGAGAUGUUUAUCUUGCUGACUACUUUCGUGAGAAAUAUGGGAUGGAGAUUAGGCACACAAACAUUCCAUGUUUAGAUAUUGGAAAAGAUCGGUAUGUACCAAUGGAAGUUUGUAUCUUGAUUGGAGGGCAAAUAUUUCCCAAGGAGGAUUUGGAUAAGAACACAGGCAUAUUCCUUAAAAAGCUAUCACUUCCUCCACCAGAUCAAAGGCGACAGUUGAUUAAUGAAAUGGUGAGGGCUGAAGAUGGACCUAGUGGAGACGUUAGUCGUAACUUUGGAAUGAGAGUUGUAGAAGACAUGACACGGGUUGUGGGCCGCUUACUUCCUCCCCCUCAAGUGAAGUUAGGAGGUUCGAAUAUGGCUCCAGUUAACGAUAAAUGCCAGUGGAAUCUUGUCGGGAAAUCUGUUGUUGCGGGCGCUGCAGUUGAACGAUGGGCUUUGAUUGAUUUCACCACUUAUGACCGUCGCAAUAGGCUGCGGUCCAAUGAUUUUGUUGAAAACUUGAAAAGGCGGUCAAGAAGCAUGGGAAUGUGCAUGGAGGAUCCAAUCAUCUGGCAUAAUACUAACAUGAAUGACUUAUCCAAUGUUAGUAGGGUUGAAAGUCUCCUAAAACGUGUCGUUGAGGAAGCUAAAAAGAAAACACAGGCAAAAUUGCAAAUCAUGGUUUGUGUUAUGCCGGGCAAGGAUAAUGGUUACAAGUAUUUGAAGUGGGUUUCAGAAACUAAAAUUGGGGUUGUGACGCAAUGUUGCUUAUCUGGUACAUUCAACAGAGGGCGUGACCAAGAUCUUGCAAACCUUUGCAUAAAGAUAAAUGCAAAGCUUGGGGGUAGCAACUUUGAACUUGGUGGGAGGCUUCCACGUUUUCAGGGUCAUGAACAUGUCAUGUUCAUUGGCGCUGAUGUCAACCAUCCUGCUGCACGCAAUGUCACGUGUCCAUCCAUUGCAGCAGUUGUGGGCACGGUCAACUGGCCUGCUGCAAAUCGCUAUGCUGCUAGGGUUUGCCCACAGAAGCACCGGAAAGAAACAAUCCUUAAUUUUGGGAGCUUGUGUUCUGAUUUGGUCAAUGCUUAUGCUAAGACGAAUGGUGUGAGGCCGAUGAGGAUCGUGGUCUUCCGUGAUGGUGUGAGCGAUGGUCAGUUUGAAAUCGUGCUCAAUGAGGAGCUUAUUGCUAUGAGGAAUGCGAUUUAUACUGAAGGCUAUGAGCCACCAAUAACUUUUGUCGUUGCCCAAAAGAGACACCAGACUCGCCUCUUCCUUCCGAAUUCAUCCAACAAUGUGCCCCCUGGAACUGUUGUUGACACUAUAAUUGUGCACCCAACCGACUUUGACUUUUACUUGUGCAGUCAUUUUGGAGGCCUUGGUACAAGCAAACCUACACACUAUUACGUGUUGUGGGAUGAUAAUCAUUUCAGCUCUAAUGAUAUGCAAAAGUUGAUUUACGAUUUGUGUUUCACUUUUGCCCGGUGCGCAAAAGCUGUUUCACUUGUUCCGCCCGUUUACUACGCCGAUCUCGUUGCCUACCGAGGACGCAUGUUUCAAGAAGUGGUCAAUGAGAGACAACAUGGCAGGUCAUCUUCACCAUCUUCUGCCCCUUCAUUCCAACACGAGUUCUAUAAUCUUCACCCCGAUCUCAAAGACAUUAUGUUUUUCGUCUGAUUCGCGGAAACAGUUUUUAGACCGGGUAAGCCUUCUAGUUUAUGCUUGUGCGAAUCUUAUGUGUCUGUAUAGUGAAACUUUUCAUGGGACCCUAUUGUGUUUCUACACCCCACCCCCAAGUAAAUGUCUUGAAGUCUUUCAAGUCUAUCUCAAUAUAUAAGGUGGAUGAGA